CUUAAUAAACCAUUGUGAAGAGAUGAUGUUUUAGAAGAAAUCGAUAUUGACAACAAUGGUGGGUAAUGCUUCAACAUCAGAUUUUGCGGAAAAUAACGAAAAAUUAAGGAUUUUAAACAAAUUUAAAUUAAGCGGUAAUAGAUCAUUUAUCCUGGAUUCCUCCUUCCAUCCCCACCGCGCAUCAUUUCACCUGCUAACUACACCCCCCACCCUCAUCUUUCACUUCCUCACCCCCCUUUCUCUUCAACAACUCUACCUCAUCCAAUCCUCCUAUGCUUUCCAUUCUCAUUCGCCAUUUCAUCCAUCGCUCGUUCCAGAGAACCGUAAUAAUCAGGUCAUCGUUUUUGUUUUUAAGAUCAAGAUUUAUUCAAGGGAUGUAAGGUUCUGUUAUCUGUGCAAUUUUCGUUCAACUAAUCUUGGUUCAGUUGAUGGCAAUAUUGGAAAUUCUAUUGUGGUAGUGUAGUUUCCCAAAGUUGGUUGAUUCGAAGCUUUGCACCGCAUCUAAUAAUUCCACUUCUGCAAUUGGGAAUGCUGUUGACCGUGGCUGUUGUUGAUUCUAUUGAAAUUGCGAGGUUGAAAACAGGAAAACUAAUUAAUCAUAAUCUGCAAAGUUUGUCAGUGUUUUUCCUGAUAUUUCUUCCGGGGUAAUGGUUGGUACUAGUAGUGGUAGUAAUAUUGUAUUUCAUGAUAUUCAGGCAGUAAUAUUGCUUCUUUGCCGACAUUUCUCAGCGGUGAGUAGGUGAGGGAGUCUUUUUCUUCUAGAGGGCAAUGCCAUGUUACAAGCCCUUCCUCUGGUCUAAAUUUUUACAGCUCAAAUAUUCAAUCGACAUCAAAAACGGAUUUUGAAUGGUUCUCACUUCUCAGCGUAGUAUGCAACUCCUUCUGUUAGUGGUGUCCUUGGGUCUUCUGCAUGGGAAAAAACUUUAGCAGGGAGGAAGAAUUGCAGAAUAGUUUUAGUCGUGCUUCCGGUUCAUUCAAAAUGCUCGAGGAACAACCUCUACUUAUACCCUGAAACUAUAUGUCUGAAUGUAGUAAUAUUUCAGGUGCUGUUCACAAACUGACAAUGUGGCCAAGAGUUCAUUGUUUUUUACCAUUUCCAUAAUUUAGUUUUCAACCCAAGGGGAAAGCAAGUGCUUGUAAAAAUUUGGUGGAUGAUGGUAUCAUACCAAGAACCUGCAUUCUGAAUAUGGAACUGUGCAAUUUGGUUCUUCUAAUGUUCUCUGGAACAAUAAUAGUGGAAGGGAAAGGAGCUUGCGCAAGAAAUUUUAUUGAGAAAAUAGUAUAAGCGUAUUGCAGUUUUUUGUAUGUCAUUGUGUACUCUACCUUAAUUUUUUGGUAAUUUGGCUUCUUGGGAUUCUGUCUGGUAAUUUGUCUUCUAAAAUUUCCCUUUGGGGAAACUGUUGCAGAAACAAUGUUUGCACUGGAAUUGAACCCUCUCGUGAUAUUGUAAAAGUAUAGUUUGCAGAUGCCAAUGGUGUGAACUCUUUGAAGAUAGCCUCAAAGUGUAGUAGAGAUCAGAAUGCUUUGAAAAUACAACAUCUCAAUGGAGAGAUGUGCCAAGUAAAGUCAGGAUUGGGAAGGACAAGACAGUGGCCAUGUGGGAAACAUUUCUGCCGAACAUUUGGAAAAAAAUUAUUGAUAGGGAAGACUUGUUGAAGGAGUGGGAAAUUUUUUAUGUUUUCUUCUGGAUGUUCUGCUCCCGCUGUUUCUCAGGCGUCUGUAAUGGCGGCAAACAAGGUUGAUUCUUGUACCGUAUAUGCUACAGAUGUUGGUUGCAUUGAGAAUCUGUGCGGGAUGAAGGGGUUGAGAAUUGAUAAGGGCUAGUCAUCUGAUUUGGUUGAAAGUGAAAAAAGGGCCGAGUAUGCAGGCUCGACCAUUGGAAGUGACUUGAAAAAAGGUUAUCUGGGAAUCUUUAAUGAUCAACUAUGCCGUAGUCUCCUUGAUGAUAUUAAACUGUUGGAUUUUUUUAUUUGGAAGAAAGGGUGGGACCAAAAUCAUAUAAUAGUUAGUGCUAAUUGUAGAUCCAAUCAAUCUCAAACAGUCAAGAAGAGCUUCAAAGGAAAAAAGCGAAAGAGAAUUGCGGUGAGAGUUUUGGAUGCUUCAUUGCUUCCUGAAAUCUCUUCCUCAUCUGAUAACCAGAAUGGUAAAAUGUACUGUUGCUUUUGAUUCCCCUUCUAGUUAAUCUGAAGAAAUGCAAUUGUGUUUUUCAUCUAGCCAGCAAAGAUCAUCUAUCAAGGCUUCCAUGGUUCAACCUAAUACUAAUCAUAGACCCUCUUCAUUUUCAUAUAAAUUUCUCUCUUGUAAGAAUCAUCUAAAUAAGCAUUACAACAAUGAAGAUAGCUACAAGUCAGAAUCAUAUUCUGAUGCUGUGUUUCACAAAAAAAUAAGGAAGGAUUUAACUUCUGAUUGCUUUGGGCAUUUUCAAAUGCAAAAACCAUCAUAUGAGGAACCUAACAAUGCUAAGCCGAUGUCAUCCUCUAGCAGAAAAGAAAGUGCUCAUAGAAUCAAAAGGCCAGUAGUAUGUGGAAAAUAUGGGAAGUAUCUAGUGAGUUAUCAAUUAAAGAAGUACCAGAACGAGAAUUUUUUUUAUCUCUACGCUAGGUCCUUGGAACUUCUAAAAUAUAUAUGGUCCCUACAACUAAAACACCUUGACUAACUACAAAAAAGAAAUGGAGGAGAUUGGGCUUUGGAAAAGUUUUGGAGCAUAGCUGUGUGUAAUCAGGUUUAAAAGCUAAGAAAGAUAAUGAAUCCGAAGAUACAAAAAUUUGCGAUGAAACAAAUUCCGAUGUGUCUACGGAAGGUUUUGAGAGAGGCAGCAAACAAAAUGUUAUUUACAAAGGGAGGAGAGAUACCAAAGAAAGGCGGGGUGAUAUUGUAAGUAGAGCUUCUUCGUUGAAGUUGAAGAGCAGAGAAAUUCGAAAACAGCGCAACAUCAAUGAAAUCACUGCUAAAGGUAAAUUUGAGGAACCCAAAUGGAGGAUAUUCUGAAUUACGCGGAAGAUCACGAGCAUGGUUUGUGUAACAAAAGACGUAAAACCUUUGUUCAAGAACACACAAACAUGUCCAUCAUUAAUUCAGAUUCUUUCUGUUGUGUCUGUCAAAACUCAAGCAAUGAUGAAGAUAACCGUUUAUUUGAGUGUGGUACCUGUCUAAUUAAAGUGCAUCAGGCUUGCUAUGGUAUUUCAGCAUUACCUAGACGAGGUCCUUGGUGUUGUAGACCAUGCAACAAAAAGUCAAAAAAUAUUGCUUGUGUCCUAUGUGGUUAUGGAGGUGGAGCCAUGACCAUAGCCUUAUCGAGCCACUCAAUGGUAAAAAGCCUCCUAAAGGAGUGGACCUCUGAGAAAGAUGGGAGGUCUAUAAGGUACAUAAGAAGAUCUGACAAAAGGAUGUCUACCAAUCGCAAACGAAAAACUGCUAGCACUGUUAUUAUCUUAACGGAGAAUAACAGCAUAACAGAAGGAUUUUUUGAUCCCACUGUUAAGCAGUGGGUUCAUAUGGUUUGUGGGCUUUGGACUCCUUGGGCAAGAUGCCGCAAUAAAAACACCAUGAGUUCUAUGAAUGUAUCUCGUGUUUCACCUCCAAAAGCUGAUGUGGUCUGUUCAAUUUGCAAUCGAUGGGGUGGUUCAUGUAUAGAGUGCAGGAUUGUUGAUUGCUCUGUCAAGUUUCAUCCUUGGUGUGCUUACCAGAAGAACCUGCUACAAAAUGAAAUUGAGGGAGUUAAUGACGAGAAAGUUGGGUUUUAUGGAAGAUGUGUGCUUCAUGGUAUUGGCCCUGAAUGUCAGUCUGCAUAUGAUCCUACUGAUGCGAUGGACAGUCGAAAGGAAAAGGAAUUCACCUGUGCUAGGACAGAGAGCCGUAGAUGGGAUGGUAUCAAUAAUAAUCAUUGCAGUGCCUUAAAACCCUGGGGUGGAUACCGUGUUCCGGAUGAGCAGUUAAAUGCUUGGAUUCGCAUGAAUGAGCAGAAAUUGCGUUCACAAGGAAUUCCUAAAUUUCCAGAUUCAGAUAUUGAGCGUGAUCCUCAGAAAGAAUAUGCUCAAUACAAACAAGUGAAGGGCUGGAAAAAUCUUGGUGUAUUCAAAUCUGGGAUACAUGGUCUUGGUCUUUAUACUUCUCAGCUCAUAUCUCGGGGUAGUAUGGUUGUAGAGUAUGUCGGUGAAAUUGUGGGACAAAGCGUAUCUAAUAAAAGAGAAACUGAAUACAUAUCUGGAAAGAAACUUCGGUACAAAAAUGUCUGUUACUUCUUUACGAUAGACAAAGAACAUAUAAUUGAUGCUACAAGGAAGGGGGGGAUUGCUCGAUUUAUUAACCACUCAUGCCUGCCAAAUUGCACGUCGGAAGUGAUUACUGUUAGGCAUGAGAAGAAGGUUAUCUUCUUUGCAAAGAGGGACAUAUUAGCUGGUGAAGAAAUCACUUAUGAUUACCACUUCAACCGCGAAGAUGAAGAAAAGAAAAUCCCAUGUUCCUGCAAUUCAAUAAAUUGCAGGCGCUCUCUGAAUUGACUGGCAUUUUGAAAAACUGUUAAAUUUUACAUUAUGUUGUGUGAAACAUGUUGCCUCUUUAUGUGGGAAAAAGUUCAGGUUUUUGGGAUUUCAUUUACGACAUCACUUGACUGAUGUCAAAUUGUUGUAUGAAAUAAGUUACCGAGGUAUCAAAUUUGAACGCAGUUGUGAUUUCUUCCUGCGAAAA